CUUAUGCCUGUCAGGUCUACCUUCUUUAAAAAUGUGUUCAUGAUCUGGUGUGGAGUCAAUACUGCUAGAUGAGCACAAUGAGUUCUUCAAGACGAGUCGCAGGUAGACCCCCAGACUGGGCACGAUUUGGUCUUGAAGUUGAACAGAAGACUCCUGAGCUGGCUGAUAAUACAGAUGAGACAACUCAUCUAAAGGAAUAUUUUGAUUACAAAAGGAACAUUGGAACUUCUGAGACCAGGGAGUUGUUUGCAGAAGAAACGGGAAGUGAGCCAUGGUGGAAGUCAAAUUUUUUCGUUUCUGGACCAAUCCUGUUUGGAACGUGGGAUGGGGUAUACACAUCUUGCAUGAUCAACAUAUUGGGAGUGAUCGUUUUCUUACGCUCUGGCUGGAUUGUCGCUCAAGCUGUGUUGGUGAUACUAACUUCAGUGUUAUCUGCCAUUGGUAUAUGUGAGAGGAGUCAGAUUCAGUCAGGUGGAGUUUAUUUCUUGCUGAGUCAAACAAUGGGCUCUCGAUUUGGAGGUGCAGUGGGCAUCAUCUAUUGCUUUGGUCAAGCAGUGGGUUGUUCACUCCAUGCAUCAGGCUUUGGUGAAUCCAUAGCAGACCUUUUCAGCAUUGAUAACCCUUGGGCAGAAAGAGGAUUCGGAGUGUGUUUGAUUGUCCUCCUAACCGGGAUCAAUAUGGCUGGAGUGAAAUGGGUCAUAAAGCUCCAAUUCAUCCUCCUUCUAAUACUCUUCAUGGGUGCUGGUGACUUCGCCAUUGGCAGCUUCCUUCCUCCAAAAAAUGGGACUGGAUUUGAAGGAUGGAGCUUGGAAGUGUUCAAUAACAACUCCCUUCCAGCAUAUACUGAAGGGAACAAUUGGUUUAGUAUUUUUGGAGUAUUCUUCCCAACGGUGACUGGGGUCAUGGCAGGCAUUAACAUGUCAGGAGAUCUCCGUGACCCAGGCAAGAGCAUCCCCACUGGCAGCCUCUCUGCUAUUCUCACCAGUACAUUCAUGUACCUGAUGUUUGUGGUGAUCUUGGGAUCAACUGUAGCACGAGAUUACCUCAUGACAGACUAUCUCAUCAUGCAGAAAGUUGCUGCCUUGGGUGUUCUUGUGCUAAUGGGCUUGUAUGUGGCCUCCAUGUCAAGUGUCUUGGCAGCAAUGUUUGGCACCCCUCGGGUUCUGCAAUCCAUUGCAAGUCAAAAAGUAAUUCCAGCCUUGCAGUUUCUGGAACGAGGAAGAGGCCCCAAUAAGGUUCCAGUGAUGUCCCUUGCUUUAGUAGGGCUUCUGAUCUUGUGCUUUGUUCUCAUAGGACAAAUAAAUCGCCUAGCACCUAUUGUGACCCUACCAUUCCUCCUUACCUAUGCUUCUGUGGACUAUUCCUACUUUGCACUUGCACAGUCCUUUGAGAUCCAGCAGAAGAGAUCUGUGAAACCCAAGGCACUAAAGAAUCUUCCAAGUCCAAGUUUUGAAGCUAAUGUCCAAGCAUCCCCUGCAUCAGGCUCGAGGCAUGACCACGAGGGGGAAGAUGCUGAGGGAUACUCUCCAUUUUCUCAUCUCCCUGAAGAGGAAAACAAUCCAGGAAUCAGAAGGCAGCCAUCCAGUUGGUACUCUCCCCUCUGCAAUAGAUGGGUUUCACUCAUUGGAGCUGUGACAAAGAUUGUGGUGAUGUUGCUUGUGCAUUGGGCAUAUGGUUUAGUGUUGCUGGCCCUGACAAUAGCCCUUUAUGUGUACAUUGGAAGAGCCAGUACUGGCUUUUCUCCAGGUUUUGCUUCUGAAUUCUCCUUCUUCAGGUGGAUCAAGUCAAGCUUCAAUAGAAUUCGGGGGAAAGAAGUGGUGAGCUAUGAGGAAAUGAUUGUGGCUGCAGACCCACCAGGCAUUUCAACAGAAGAGUCCCAGGUGACAGAAGGUAAUGCUGAUUUCUCCUGGAGGGAGCCAUUUCAUCAAGUGGCUGCCGUGGGUCACAAGCACAUGGACCGGCUUUCCAAACAGUGACCAUCUUCCCUUCUAUCAUAUCCAUGAUGUUCUCAAGCAGCUCCCUUUUUCUUCCUUUGGAAUGAGCUUUUCAUCAUAUCGUUUUUGAUAUUCAUACUGAUCUGGAGAAGUAUAAUCACAUGGUGUUUGCAAUAGGUUGACAGGCUAAGGAACUAGCUCCUCAAGAAGAAUCCUAGAUGACCUAGUAUUUUAGACAGC